AUGUUUACUGCCCUUGAGUACAAGCCUUUGCAGGACCUUAGGCGAUAUGUAUCGUCACUGGAUAUGCACCCAGUAGAUCUAAAAACUGUGAGUUUGCUUUUUACUACUUCGCGCGUUCAUGUUAGAAAUUCUCUGAUCGAGUGUUUCCAACACGGCCAAUCACUGACGUGUCAUGAUAGGAGACAGAUAUUUCAACACAAGCCAUGGUACCAGGUCAGCUAUACGGACGCUGGGAUAAGGGCGAAAUUUUCCCACUGCCUCGGCCAUUACAGAGUCCUCUCAGUAAGGCUGGGGCUGGUGCCGGCCGCUUAGUACCGUCUUCGAAAGAGGCAGACCCCAAAGACUCAAUAUUCCACUCGACAGAAACUAUUUCGGACUCAACAAGAGCACCCCCCCCUAUCAAUGAUGCUUCGGGAACCGGCGCCCCGCGCAGCAUCCUGUCAUACCCAGGGUUCAGAAGUGUUCGGGAGAAAACUGCAAUAUCUCCGGGAAGUGUAGUAGAAGCAGUAUCUUCGGCCUACCAAUACCAAACCAGGCCGGUUUCUGCUGACUCGUUCCCAUUGAAGCAGGCAACUUCGAUCCGUUCUGCUCUCGGGAACGGGCCGGAAUUAGGUUCUCGAGGGAAGGCGCAGUACGGUCCGGCUCCAGACCAUUUCGCGCCUCCAAAGGUGCCUAUCGGGUCGCCGUUAGCCCCCUCAAACGGACAGCAGGUGGCUUCGACACACCAAUACAUGCCAACCAGGCAAUACCAUUCACGCUCUUGGAGUCCCCCGGUGCCUAGGAAGCAGCACGAUGGGAUUGAUCUGGAUCCUCUGUACCAUACCACUAUUAGCAAAUGCUUUGAAUGUCUUCAAAUCUCGCCAUCAAAACUCAAGAACAACUUUACUAUCGGAAUGCGUAGUUCCACCAACUCAUCGCAGGGAUUCCCCUCAUUCUUAACCAAUAAACCAUGGGUUUUCACCAUGCUUGGCAGAGCCUCGUCUUUUCCCACUUUUUUUCCGUUGAAGGCCGAGACUUUGGCUCCUCUUGGCAGUCCUGCCAUUGGGGCAUUCAUCCACCCCCGCCACCGUACCUAUUUCCAUCAGUUCUUAAGGAACUCUAUUGUGAAGAGGAUUGAGGUCUCUACUGAGAUCAAGGAGACCGCGUGUGAGAUUGCAAAAGGUAUAAGGGCUUCACCUACACCAAUGCCGCCGAGUACUUACCCAAGACAUUUAUUAGACGGUGUGGCGUUGGAAGGGGGUAAUGACAACGUGGACAAGAUCGUGGACCUUGGGCAAAAUGAUGAACUUGAUAUCCCUAACCGACCCACUCCCGCUCAUUGCCCGGAGGGGUCAGCCGUUUCUACCCGCGUGGUGGAGGAAUCGGGCACCGACGAAUCAAUUCAAGUGUUAACUCCGACUUUUCAUAAGAACGAUAAUCGUGUAAUUGAACUUGAUCCAGAUACCGAAAAGUGCAAUGUUGCUAAGACGGUGAGUAGCCGUAGCAGGGCAUCCGAAAUUAAUUAACGUCGUGGCUAAUUUUGUCCCGUCGUUUUCAGGCACUAUCUAACCACCGUAGGACCAAUACCCUCCGAUAUACUGUCCGCCAGCGGACCUCAUUGUUCAAGCCAGCCUCAGUAAAAAGUGAUUUCACAUUCGCCGUUGAGAUAAUUCCAAGACCAGUGAAGCGCAAGCACAACUCAAAGGAGGACGGGACGGAAAAGGCGUCGCGCAAACGGACCAGAGAUAACUCGGUAGAGUCCAGCGUCCCCAGCCCUAGGAACUCUAUUGCAUCAAGACUCAACAUCCUCAUCGACAACGCGGAAAAAAGGCAAGCUAAAUUGAACUCUCCAGGGCGGGAAUUGAUUCUAUCUCCUAUAAAUACCCAAUGUAUCCAAAUCACCGAGCAUCUGGUUACCGAACCACUCUUGUCAAGAUCAAUCCCGGAUUCCCCAGUUACACCUAGGUCUUUCACCGAAUCUACUGCUCGAUCGUCUACCCAUUCAGUGAGCUCUACCGGUACAAGUCUCACCAUCCCAUACUCUCAAGCUUCGGCAUCAGCUUCUCGCAAGCGGCUCACCUCAACGGCCUGGGAGGAGGAAGAGCAACUACGGGGUCGCCAGUCAAGGAGGGCCCAGAACGAGAGCAGGUAUCUCUGCGUCCCCGGCUCCAGCCUGAGACGAAGCCGCUCCGCCGGUGCCAUCGAUUUAGAACGCCCGAAUGAAUACUCCAUUGAGCGAACCCACCGAAGGAGCCUAAGCACGAAUUCAAUGCUGACAAAGUAUGCACCAAUGUUCCAACAACCCACCGUCAUCUCUACUCUCGAGUCGCAGGACCUCGAAAUUGAAGAAACCCCCAGUUCCUCAGGAUCAUCUAGCUUCUUCGAGCCAACCGAACCCGAAAAUCGAUUCAUUUCUUCCGCACCAGCGCUACCUCAUGCUACUCUCCCGACCCCGGAGGUCAAGCUAGAGGAUACAAAAAAGGACUCGGCACAAAAGAAGGGCUUCAGACGAAUCUCUUACCUCGGCCAAUCAAAAUCGCACAAAUCAGUCACUGCCCGGGUCUCGGAGCCAUCAACCACCGCAGUGGUAUCAGAAACAGAGGACGCCACUAACAAGAAGAAGAAGUUCCAAAAGCUGAAAAAUAGAGUUAAGGGAAUUACCAAAAAAGUGAGCCAUGUGAUAAAGAAGGAGAAGUACUAA